CCCCACACCUUGACUUUCAGGUGUGGCAAUUGUGUCAGCACAAAUGAGGCUUCGUCAUGAGUUCAGCAAAGCCUUAACAGUUACCUAUUUUCGCCGAAAAUUGUCUCACUACAGUUACUGCACUUUUCCCAAGACAUCACCAAGUUGGCUGGCCCGUGAACUGAACACCGUCCACAAGGAAAUUAGCAAGAACCUGCACAGCAACAACAUGAAGCAAAGAGAGGAGGAACAGGAAGAAGAGGAGGACAUUCCAAUUCCUAGGUCAUCUACCAGCAAUGCUGACUGCAAUGAUGAAGUUUUGAAGAAAUCCAAGUUCACCCAAGGCAGGCCAGCAGCCCCGCCCAGGAGCCUAUCUCUGACGGGGUCACGACCCAGACUGAGGCGCCUGGUGGCCCCCGCCCUGAGUCUGACGCUAGAUCGCAGCGACUCGACCGUGUCCGAUGAUUAUGCCACGGCUGCCCUCUCUCCCUCCCCCGACGACGAAGACCUGGGGCUGGACAUUGACUUGGACGCCAUGGAAACACCUUCGGACAGCGAGUCCCUCCACUUUCCGGGGCAGGACUUGGAUUUAGAGGAUGACCUCCUUAAUCUAGGCAUGAAAUCAGCUCGUCACAAACCCUGCAGUGGGUCAGUACCUGAGGAGAUGGGGGUGGGCUGUCUGGACCACGACCAGGUGGACAGCCAAGGGACUAGGUGGCGCCGGUUCUGCACAGGUGACCCACCUCAGGAGAGUCUAGUCAACAUGAGUGUACUGGAACCUUACCUUCGAGUCUUGUCUCAUGGGGGUUACUAUGGAGAUGAAUCUAAUGACAUCAUUGUGUUCUCUUCCUGCUAUCUCCCUCAAAACACCAGUGAGAACUACCAUGUUGUCAUGGACAACCUGUUUAGGUACCUCGUGGGCACGUUGGAUCUGAUGGUGGAGGAGAACUAUGUCAUUGUGUACUUGUGUGCCAUGGCCGAGCGCAACAAGCUCCCAACCAUUGGCUGGCUGAGGGAGUGCUACACCACCAUUGACAAAAGGUUGAGGAAGAAUCUUCAAUCUCUAUAUGUCGUCCACCCAACCUGGUACAUCAAGGCCCUGAUCACCAUCAUCAAGCCCUUCCUUAGCUCCAAGUUCAGCCGCAAGCUUCAGUUCGUCGGCAGCCUACAGCAGCUGUCAGAGCACAUCCCUACUGAGCGUGUGCAGAUCCCUGACUGUGUCAGACAGGUUGAUGAAAACAUGUACAGGUGACACGCUCAAAAUGGUGAUCUGGACCAGAGUGCAGGGUGUAAGAAAGCCAAAACAGGGGCCCAGAAAGGCUUAAAUUUGGCGACUAACGGCUUGACCCAGAGGAUGACACUUGCUGUCCAGUAUCAGAGUACAUUACCAUCUGUUGUGUCCUAUGACACUACAUAAGACAGCUUUUUCCAAAGUAUCUUGCUGGUCAAGGACUAUAGACGCGGAUGUUUAAUCCAUGUUACACUUUAUGAGUCCUGAUAUCCAUCUGUAGCUGCACUAUGUAAAGUCAUACAUGACAUAGAACAAAUUCUGUUGGUAAGCAACUGCUUUCUAAGGUUAGGGACAAGGUUUGGGUAAGGGUUAGAAGACAGAUGAAAAGUCUCCAAAUAAAUUGUUACCUUUAUUUUAGCCACAAGGACAGAGAUCAGUUGUAAGUAUGAUAAAUUGUUGUAGCUCCAGAUACGUUAUUUACACAAUGUAAAUAAGUUGGACUUCAGGGUUUUGCAAAAGGUUAUCACGUCUUUCCAUUACAUAGUUCAUUUUAAAGGUUGACAUCAUAUCGCAUAUUUACAAGGAACAGUUCUAGAAAACAGAUUUAGUCCACGAUGAACUACUGCAUACUAUCGGCAGGAUUUCAUUUAAUUUUAACUACACUGACGUUAGAUAAUGGAUGGCUGUCAUUAAUGUUAGCGGGCAGAUUGACAAUGGCUUCCUACCAAAGCUGUGGUUCAACACGAAUGUAAAACCUAUGACUUCACUUGGUUUUUAGUCCUCUCGGGUGGCGACUUUAAUCUUUCUCUUUACUUUGCUCCAAUUAAUCAGUGACAUUUGGCAUAAUCAGAUGGCAUAAUGUUUUCAAUUUAUAUCAUUCCAUGUCCAGAUACUCUUUAUUAUGUUCAUUAUUGUUAUGCACGGUUAUGUAUAACAAUAGCAACUUUGAUAAAAGGGAUAUAUUUAUGAAAGGCGGGGAUAUCACUGAGUAACCAUCCAUCUGCAAUAAAACCAUGUUAGCUGAUGUAUAAAGGCUGUCAGACAGAUGCAUCCAGGAGGGACAAGCAAGCUCGUUUAUAUCCGACUGCAAUUGUUGAACGAAUUGAUUGACUUUGAUAUGUCUGAUGGGAUCAAUGCUCUUCAAAUGUGAUUUUAAUUUAGUCCUUUUAUAAUGAAAUUAUAAUAAUAACUAAGCGGACAGGCCACCCCUGAUUUAAUAAAAAAAAGGAAUGUUAUCCCUCUCAGAUGUAUAGCCAGAGGUGUUAAUGCAACGACAGCCCAUCCAUGAUAUUAGAAUGAAUGUUUUAACCGUGUUGUAAGCUAUAUGGUAUGUUUGUAUAUUUUUUUCAACUUAUAUUUAUUUUGGGUUCUGAUUAACUAAGGCUAGGUUCUAGUCAAAGCGGUCACAAAAAUGUUUAUGUUGUGUAUUCAUAAUAAUCCCAGCCCACAUGCUUAGAAAAUUAAACAUGUGAAAGAAUGCUUGUGAGGGGGUGGGAGUGGUAGUAGUUGUAGGUUUUUUCUUAUUAUAUUAUCUCAUGUAAGUCACCCGAGUUAAAUUAAGCUUCUGUGCAUGCUGCAGUGCUCGUUUGAUUGAUUUUGAUUCUUGAGUGUUCAUCCCAACCCUGUUCCUGUAAAACGCUUAGGGAUUCUGUCCUGGACUGAUCCAGCGGUCUAAGUUGCUCCAUUUGGUACAGCAUGUAAAGAGAAUCAGUGGAUUAUGUCAUAAAUGUACAGAUCCAUGAAUGUAUGUUUACCGAAUUGGAUUCCACCAACAUCUACUGUACAUUUCUAUUAAUAGGAAACUUGUCCAUGUGAAAGAGACACACAUAUUUGUGAAUAAACUCCAUUGUCUCAUG